CGUAUCGAUCUCAGGACCCGAGUGGUCAUCGGGGUGCAUUUUUGGUCUGAUUACUUACUGUUCUCGUUCGUGGUUCCGAGGUCUUAGCUCGUUUGUCUGUCCUGAAAUUGAGCUCGCGAGACUGUCGGGGUCGUGCGUGGAUUGGACGAAUAGCCCGAUCUGAGCUAUUUGAGGCCAGAGCAGCGGAGUGGAGGGCAGUUGUUGAGUCGUCGCAGAGAGUGAUCGAUCGCUCAUCGAUAUAGUCGACGAAGAUCACACUCUGUGACAGUCACUGGGUGUUUUGAUUCGAUCGGUCGAUUGUUCGGUCGAUUCAGUGGUCGUCAUGGCCGCCUCCAUUCAAGCCGCCGCCGCUGGGCUGAGCUUUAUCGCCCCGGCGAGUCAGCCACCCUGCAACUCAUCUCAGGGUUCCAAUGCUUCCAGGCAAUCUGUUGGGGGCCCUGUCAAGUCUCACUUCUUUGGCUCCGCUAGAGCUCUCGGAAAUGUAGGCAGUUCCAAACAUCUGACUCCUGCCACGGCUGGGGCCAAUCCCAUCGUCAGCGCAUCCUUCUUUGAGAAACUUGGCAAAUUGUUCACGGAUGCUCCAGAAGACCAAGAGCAGGUGAUGGGAGUUUUCGAGUUCAACGAGGGUGACAGAAAUAGUCCCUUUGUGGUGAAGAACAACGCCAAACUACCGGUUCUGUGCAUUGGAGACUUUGUACCCUACAGCAACAAGGUAUACGAUUGCACCGGGAAGAAAUAUUUGGGUAUCUCCUCCGGAUUGUGCACUGUGGUGGAGCAUCACUACGAAAGUGGAGGCGAUCUGUACGAAACCGUGAUGAGCCACUACAUGGGUUCCUACGGCCAUCUCUCUUGCCAGGGCCCCUACAAAACGUAUGGCGACACUGAGAUGGUUGUUACCGGCGGAACUGGAAUCUUCAAAGGAGCUCGAGGUUACGUGAAGUGCCACAACAUCGCUGGUCCGUUGAAGCUUCUGUACACAUACUACCUCACGGGCAUUCCCAAGCUUCCUUCAGAAUUGACACAGACUCCUGCGGUUCUGGAUGAGGAGAAAAAAACUGUGAAUAGCACAGUCGCAUCUCAGAAAGUCAAGGCUUGAUAGAUGCCGAUAGCACGACUCAAAUGUGAAAAUGCUGUCCGAGACUAGAAGAAUGAUAUCUUAGUACGCUGUACCCAUCUUCCACGGCUGCUCUGUAACUGCUAAGGGUCGACGUCUAGUCAUCCAGUGUUCUCCUGUCGAUGUAUAUAGGGGGAUUACUUGACCUUUUAUUCGUGGACGCCGUAGCUAGAUUAGUCUGUAAUUACUGAUCUCAAGUAGCUCCGUCUAAACUUGCCACCCUGCUUGGUCGAGCAUUUCUAUGGCGUGUAGAAAUGUGUAGGAUCGUAAUCCGCUCAACACCUCAAAAAACAGUGGUUGAACCAAACAGCGGGACUUAAAAAUGUCUAUCGGAGGCCUCAUACAUUCUCAGCUGGUCUGAAAGUCGACCCGACCCCUCCGACCUGAGAAGUAGAAGGUUUUGUUCCAUAUCGCGGAAACGUAGUGAUUCUCCAUCCUGCUCAGAGUCUGUCGCUCUAUAUCUAGUCUUUCCUCGAAAGUCUUAGGUAGACAUGCUCUGUUUGCGAAAAAAUCUCUGUAAAACUUCUGUAUUUCCUUCAGUAAAAGAAUCAUCACACUUUUGUUCU